AUGGCGCAUCACCACGACGACGACGACCGCCAGCCGCGCACGCGACAUAACGACAGUCACCAGUCCAUACCUCCCCCACCCUAUCCCAACGGCUCGAGCGACAAUCAUGGCGCGAAAGAGCCGCCGGUGGAUCUGCCGCCCCCGCCGAUGGGCGAAGCUUUGAAGCCUGCUCUACGCCGCGAAGGCUCCCGCAGCCGAGUACCAGACUUAGCUCCACAAUUCCCCGACGAAGCAUCUUAUCUGGGAUCCAACGCACCCGAUCUCGAGCGCAAAAAUCGCCCAAAAGACCGUCGCUUCCGAGAAAUGAGAGACGGAUACGAGAGUGAAGAGGGUGAAGAGCACAGAAAGCGAGGGCCAAAAGAAAAAAUGGAACGACGCCCGACAGACGACGACUAUUCCUCGCGCGGACCACCUCCCAGGCGACGAGACCGAGACCCUCGAGAUCGAGAACGAGAUCGUGAACGAGAACGAGACGACCCGCGAGACAACCCGCCAUAUCCUCCUUCAGACGCAGGACGACGUUCAGACGGUGGACGGCGUCGAGGCGGUGGCUACGAUGAUGAGGAACCACCACCACCACCACGCUCGAGUCGCCGAAACCGAGAUCCCUACUACGACGAUGAGGACUCUCGUCCACCGCCUCGCAGACGCAGUGGCCGUCCACCUCCAGACGUAGAGUACGGUUCGGAGCCAAUCCCAGCUCGCAGAAAUACAGAACGGCGACCGCGACGUCGCGACGAUUACUCCGAUGAAGAAGAAGACGACUAUCGUCCACGCCGCCGCCGUCCCCGUAGUUUGGAGGACGACCGCAGGCGUCCUCCUCCUCGCCGCGACGACUACCGAAGGGACGAUGAUUACGAUGACGACCGCCGGCGGGGAGACCGCGAUCGGAGACGCUAUGACGAUGAUUACGAUGACAGAUACGACCGACGGGGUGGGAGUCGGGAUCGGGAUCGGGAUAGGGACCGACGCAGAGAAGAGGAGCCCAAGAAAGAAAUGAAGUUGGGCAAGUAUGAUAUUGGACCUUUGGUGCAGCAAGGGCAAAAGCACUAUGCUAUGUUCGCACCUAUUGUCGCGCCUAUGGUCUUGAGCUUGUUGAAGAACAAAAUAGGGGGCAAUGGAGGUAGUGGUGGUGCUUUGGCUGGGCUUUUGGGCGGCGGUGGAGAUAAUAACAGUGGAGGUGGUAAUAGUGGAGGACGGAAGAUCACGGCAACGCGUACCUGGGAUGCGGGUGGUUGUGACACGGCAAGCGCAGUCAUCGUGACUGUGAAGAGCAGCGAGCAUGGCGACGCGGCCAUACAUUUCGAUACAGAGACCAGAGAAGCAGCACAGCGAUUCUCCUUCGCCAUCUUCCGUGACUGGACACAGCUCAACGCCAUCAUUAAGCGGUUCGAAGGCACGUUGCAGAAGCGAUGGAUGAAGAAGAACGUCAAACAGCGACGAGACGUCCUACUCAAGGCCUGGCCCGAUAUCUCUACCACCCACCGUCCGGACUUUGCGAACUUUCGUGAGUCCAAGAAGCAGAUCUCGCGUGCGCGCACCAUGCGAUCGGAGGCGUUCUUGUGGCCGUACAUCAACCUCGAAGAUCUCGUGCAGCGACACUUGCUACUUCUGUUCCUCAACUCGCGCGGUCGAACCUUGCCCGACAUCCACCGCGCAGCCGACUUCGAUCGCGCUCAUGUCGGGUUUGGCUUCGACGAUGAUGUACUUUCGCUUGGCAUCGGCGACCAAGACUUCUGCUGCGCCUCGCACUUUCUCGAAGACAAUCCCAUCGAAGAGCUAUGCAUGGUCGUUCAGUCCCGGUGCUCACCUGCCAAGUACGCCACGGUCGUGGAUCCAGACAAGCUUAGGCUGGUCAAGAAGCUGAAGUUCAAACACAUUCGACCCGCAACUGAAGGUCUCGUCACUCUGGAGAUUCAACAUGGCAUCUAUCGAUUCCUUCUUGCCUGUGCGAAGCUCAUCUUGCACGAUGUCGAGCCUGCUAUGCUCUUCUUGGCUCCGCAUCAACCCGAGCCUGAUAUGCCAGUACCGCGUACGACUGAAUGGGAGAACGUCACAACCCACGCACUCGAAGCAUCAUACAAGAACCCACAAAAGCUCAAUCUGGAGCGUCUGAAGAUGCUUGUGGGCGGUCGCCGGUCCGCAGCGGAAGACCAUGUCUACUCGCUGAAAGAAGAUCCGGGCUACUUCAUCAACCAUGUCCGCGAGUGGAGAGAGCACAGUGACAGGUUCGACCGCGGGAAAGACGCCUGCUUCUGCUUCAGCUGCGCUAAGGAUGUCGCGCCGCGUGCCGUCCAAGAUGCAUUUACGGCUUUGCUGGUCUGGGACGACAUCUACAGGAAGCUGGAGUUCAUGGACCCAAUGGACGUACAGAUGGGCCGUGCGAAUGAGGACAAAGUCCGUCUAGCCGACGAAGACGCCCACAAAUGGACGGCGAUGAGCUGCAUAGUCAAGACUCUGGUGAUCAUCGAAACCAGCAUCCUGAAAGAUGGAAUCCCGAAUUCGCCAAGGUUGAGGAACAUUUCUAACAUAUUCCUGGACAAGGAAGGCGUGAAAGACUGGGCUAUUGCCAGCAUCAAAGCCUCGGAUGGACAACAACGAGUGCACAAUCUGUUCCAGUCGAUCUUCGAUGAAUACAUGUGCGGUCUGCAUCGCUUGCAGAAGCUGGUGGAAGAGGUGCAGUACAUGCUGGACAACGAUGAUGAUGCUACCCAAUACCUGGACUCAUGGAUUGUCGAGCAUUUCUCCGACCUCGCUUUACUGUGCGAGCUGAUCAAGGCUAUCCUGUCGCUACAGCCGUGGUACGACACUGUGGGAGCUAUGGAGUGGAACGAGCGCUUGACGAGGCAAGGUCAGCGUAUGAACAAGGUUGACACCACCCUCGGCAAGCUGGUCACCGGUAUUCCAACGAUUUCUCCUCAGACGACGAGGAGAUUCUGCGAUCCUUCCGACAGCGACUUUGAAUAUCCGGCCGACAAAGCACGCACGAAAGCCAACGUGGAGAAGAUGCGACGAGCUGAGAAGUCUCUGGACGAUUUCUGGGGUCAUAUCGAAGGCGAGAUCAAGGAAGAGGUGGGCCUUGACCUGCAGAAAAUCAUGCGAAUUCGAGCAUUCGAGCCUCGAACCAUCUACAGAACUCCGCCAUGGCAAGAGCCGGAAACACCCACCCGCAAGACGCCUACCAAGAUACUUGGUGAAGUUGACCCCAAUGUUAAUGUGUAUCGUGCAUACGACAGUCCUACUCGAUCGAAGUUCACGCCAACGCCUGCGAAGGAGAAGGUCAAGACUCGUGGGGUCAUCGCUGGAGCACACCACCCGAGAACCGUGGCGGACGAUGCUGCACCUGUCGAGCCAGAAGAGGUCGCCACACCGAAAGUGAAGAUCAAGCAAAAGGCGUUCAACGUCUUCUGCUCUCUGCUUCCGACCACCAUGUCCGCCAAUCAGCCUUGCCGCGAAAUCGCCUGGGACGACUUCCUGUCCGCCAUGGACGCCAUCGGCCUCAAACCAGAGAAGCUGUACGGUAGUGUCUGGCACUUCCAACCUUGCGCCGAGGAAUUCAGAAAGGUCCACGUGACUAGGAGCAUCAGCUUUCAUGAACCCAAGGAGGUGAGGAGGGGGAACAAGAUUCCGAGGCCCAUGGUGAGGACUUUUGGUCGUCGUCUCAAGCAUGCCUACGGAUGGACCGACGCUGAGAGCAUGUUUGAGGUGGAGUGA